GUCCCACUUAACCUCAGUUCAACCAAGAUCCAUUACAGAAUCUCACUCAGCAAUGCACAAAUUCGACAACAUACUAAAUCACAUUCAUAAUCUUUUACCUCCCAACCCAUUCCAACCCAACAGCGCCCAACCAGCCCUACAUGACAAAAGAAGUGGAGAUAAUACAUGUCGGAAGCCGCUUCCUCUACCCAGCGAAGCCGCCAGGCACGCGGUUAUCUAGUAAAAUCCUUUACGCGAUCCUUCUCCUUCGCGCAUCCGUAAAAAUCGAGACA